GCCAUGGCCGGGUGCUGCCUGUCGGCCGAGGAGAAGGAGUCGCAGCGCAUCAGCGCCGAGAUCGAGCGGCAGCUGCGCCGGGACAAGCGGGACGCCCGCCGGGAGCUGAAGCUGCUGCUGCUGGGCACAGGAGAAAGUGGAAAAAGUACUUUCAUUAAACAAAUGAGGAUUAUUCAUGGAUCAGGUUACACAGAAGAAGACAGGAAAGGCUUCACAAAACUGGUUUACCAAAAUAUAUUUACUGCCAUGCAAGCUAUGAUCAGAGCCAUGGACACGCUCAAAAUACAAUACACAUCCGAAGAGAAUGAGGAGAGUGCUCAGAUGAUCAGAGAAGUGGAAGUGGAUAAAGUGACAGUGCUGGAAAUAAAGCAAGUUGAAGCAAUCAAGAAUCUCUGGAAAGACCCAGGAAUUCAAGAAUGUUACGACCGACGGAGGGAGUACCAGCUCUCAGACUCUGCUAAAUAUUAUUUUACUGACAUCGAUCGUAUCGCUAUGCCCUCCUUUGUGCCAACUCAGCAAGAUAUUCUUAGAGUCAGAGUGCCAACUACAGGAAUUAUCGAGUAUCCUUUUGAUUUAGAAAAUAUUACAUUUAGGAUGGUGGAUGUAGGUGGCCAAAGGUCAGAAAGAAGGAAGUGGAUUCAUUGUUUUGAAAGUGUUACUUCCAUCAUUUUCUUAGUUGCAUUAAGUGAAUACGAUCAAGUCUUGGCAGAAUGUGACAAUGAGAAUCGAAUGGAAGAAAGCAAGGCCUUAUUUAAAACUAUCAUUACAUACCCCUGGUUUCUGAAUUCUUCAGUCAUUUUGUUUUUAAAUAAAAAAGAUCUUCUAGAAGAGAAAAUCAUGUAUUCCGAUCUAAUUAGUUACUUUCCAGAAUACACGGGACCUAAACAAGAUGUCAAAGCUGCCAGAGACUUCAUUUUGAAGCUGUAUCAGGAUCAGAACCCCGACAAGGAGAAAGUAAUUUACUCCCACUUCACUUGUGCCACAGACACAGAAAAUAUUCGUUUUGUCUUUGCUGCUGUCAAGGACACGAUCCUGCAACUAAACCUGAGGGAGUUCAAUCUGGUUUAA